AUGGCAUCACGCCCCAUCGGUUCUCCGCGUUCACUGCUCUCCAUGACAUGGUAUCCAAACAUAAAAUCCGCCUCUCCCAUGCGAUCGAUCUUCUCGACCGCGGAACAGCAAUGGCCGGCCACCCCUAUCAAUGGCGAAGGUGAUCUAGCAGUCGACGAUAUACUUGGUGAAGCAGUCCGGACCGCCCCGGCGCCGCCAGUGAGCUUUCCUCGACGCGCUUCUCACGACGGACCGUCCAUUGCCAACAUUGCGCUCCUAGCGUUCCCGCGCCUUGUCGUCUAUCGAACCUUGGAUAGCGACCAGGAGGGCAUUGUUGCAAAGGGUUGUCUGCCUUGGCGAAGAUCGCAUGGCCCACCUCGGGCGCACGAAAUGCUAGUAACGGUGGCUGUACAAUCUUUUCAAACGGUCCGCUGCUACAUUUGCGCCAUGUCUGGCUAUGCUUGGUGGGAGGGGAGCUUCCAGAGCCAGCGGGCCUGA